GUUCAACCAAUCCAAUGUUUUUGAAAAUUUACUGAUAACUGAACUACGUGCUUAUCUGAAGUGAAUUAUAUGUCUACAUCAACAUGCAUUGGACCUUGCACUUUAGAUCCAGAAAAUGACUUCUCUUUAUUAGUCUAUGCAAGUCAAGAAUAUAUAUAGAUCAAAGACUCAUUUUGGCCUUUCAUUACAUUCAAUACUUAUUUUUGAUAUUCACACCAAAUUUCAGCUGUCUCCUGUAACAUAGAAUAGGUGCAGCGAUACCGCAUACUGAUUGAUACAAUCUUUUCUGAACGAUGACAUCAACUACUAAUCCAGACCUUCAAAAAGAAAGGGACACAGCAACAUUUGAUCCAUUAUUACUGACCAACCGUAUUGAUGGAGGACCCGAGAAAACCAGGAGGAGGCAGUAUAUACAGAACCUUGCUGCCACUGACCCAAAUUUGGUCCAUAAACAUAUCUCCUUUAUGGACAGAAGUGAAGAGUAUGACACAGCAGUGAAGAAUGCCUGCUACAUUGUGAAACGAUUGAAAGAACUGAACAUAACUGACCCCACAGAAGAGUACUGGUACAGGCAUAUUGCCACUCCUCAUGAGGCCUCUGCAAUGGCCCUGCAUACAGGCAUGUUUAUGCCAACUGUCAGAGCUCAGUCCACCCCAGAGCAAUACAAACACUGGAUCCCUGACUGUGAAUCUUACAAGAUCAUAGGCACAUAUGCACAGACUGAAAUGGGGCAUGGAACAUUCCUAAGAGGGCUUGAAACUACUGCCACCUAUAGUCCAAUGACAGAAGAAUUUAUACUAAACAGCCCAACAGUGUCAUCUCUAAAAUGGUGGCCAGGAAACUUGGGAAAGACCACCAACCAUGCUGUUGUCAUGGCUCAUCUUACAAUAGCUGGCAAGAAUUAUGGGAUGCAUGGAUUUGUUGUACAGACCAGAGAUAUGGAUGACCACACCACAAUGCCAGGUAUUACCCUUGGUGACAUUGGUCCCAAGUUUGGCUAUGGGUCUAAUGACAAUGGCUUUAUGAAGUUGGAUCAUGUAAGAGUACCAAGGGAAAACAUGCUGGCAAAGUUUGCUGAAGUGAAAAAAGAUGGUACUUACAUUGCAAAGACCAAGAAUACAAAAUUAACAUAUGGUACAAUGGUGUUUAUUCGUGCAAUGAUUGCUGGUGACGCUGCACGAGGUCUGGCACAGUGCUGCACUAUUGCUAUUAGAUAUAGUGCAGUGAGAAGACAGAGUGAAAUCAAACCAGGUGAUCCAGAGCCUCAGAUCAUGGACUUCCAAACACAGCAGUACAAGUUGUUCCCUCUAUUGGCCACUUCCUACGCACUCUUGUUUGCUGGCAGCAGCAUCAGAGACACCUAUUUCAGAAUAGAGAAAGACAUCCAGAGGGGUGACACCAAAGAAUUGCCAGAGCUCCAUUGCCUGUCAUCUGGUUUGAAGGCAUUUAACUCUUGGGCAGCUAACUCUGGUAUGGAAGUAUGCCGUAUGUCAUGUGGGGGUCAUGGGUACUCACAGGCUAGUGGUUUCCCCAAGAUCUACACUGAUGUAACUCCAGCCUGUACUUAUGAGGGAGAAAACACUGUGCUUAUGUUACAGUGUGCAAGGUUCUUAAUGAAGAUGGCAGAGGCAGCUGUGAAAGGUCAGCCACUUGCCCCUACACUGUCCUAUCUGGCAAAUACCAGCAGUAGGACAUCACUCACACCACAGUUCAACUUAGACUCACUUGUGGCAGCAUAUCAACACAGGGCAGCAAGAUUGAUCAAGGCUGCAGCAUCCAGGUUCCAGGGCCUCAUGGCCAAGGGUAUGGCCAGAGAAGAUGCAUGGAAUGCUUCCUCAGUAGACCUGGUCAGAGCUUCUGAUGCCCAUUGUCACCAGUUUGUGAUAUCAACAUUCGUAUCAGUUGUGAAUGAAAAGCAGAACAAAGACCUCCAGAAAGUGUUGAAAGAUCUCUGCCAGCUGUAUGCUCUCUAUGGCAUCAGUAAGAACAGUGGAGACUUCUUGGAGGAUGGCUAUAUGACUGGGGAACAGAUACGCAUGGUUGAAGAUGGUGUUUUGGUGCUACUGGCAGUGAUACGCCCCAAUGCAGUAACUCUUGUUGACGCAUUUGACUUCAACGAUCGUAUCCUAGACAGUGUGCUUGGCCGCUAUGAUGGUCAAGUCUACGACAAUCUGCUAAAGUUCGCCCAGGAGUCACCCCUGAAUGACACAGAUGUCCAUCCUUCAUACUACAAAUAUCUAAAGCCACUUGCCAUGAGCUCUAAACUAUAAACAAACAACAGCUGAUCGCUCAAGGACUCAUCCACAAUGCAGCAUGACAUACUUGUUCAGUGGACCAAACCAGUGUUGAACUGAAAUUUGGAAUGUCCAUAAUUCUACUAAAAGAAAAGAAGCUUUCUCAGUGUCAUUGCAAUGCUUUUUGACAAAAUUAAAAAAAAUGAACUUUGGAAAUUUAAAAAUAUGCUUAGUAAGAUAUUUUGAAAUAUGUAAGAAAAAACAAAUGUGAUCUUCCAUUGAACAUUUGGCGGAUUUGCUCUUUUGAGCAUUUGGCAACUAAUUAAUUGCAAUAUUGUAUAUACCACACUUUACGAUUGAAAAAUGAAGUAUUGAAUUUGGAGGCUACUUAAUUAGGUGAACUUUUGGCGAAUCUGCCAAAUUAAACAGGCUCCAAAUAAAGUAGAUACAUUGUUCAUAAAUCAUUCAUCUUGUGCAGUACUAUUUAAACACAGAUUAAAUUUUAAGAAUGCAUGUGAUAUUAUAUUCCAACUAUGGAAACAUACAAGCAUUAAUUUUAAAUGGAAACUUAGCUGUUUUUGCUUAUUUUUCAGUAUAUGUUUGCUUUUAUGAGGUUUGUAAAAAAAAUAAAAGAGACCCGUAAUUAGCUUUGGAUGUAGGGUUUCUUAUGAUUUGCUUCAGCAGGUGCAAAUCAAAUCAGCUUUAAAUCUAUUAAUUAGGCUUAUACCAGAGUGUAAAAAGUGAGAAUUAUCCGUGAGGGGUCUAAGAGGCAUACUUCCCCAGAAAAGUGCAAUUUGCAGUUCUUUUUGAGGCAGUUAAAGUGGCCUGGGGAGUGGUCCCAUGUCUCACAUCCCUGGGUACAGACCUGCAAGGUGCUCAGAAAUUGUAUCAAUUUAGUUUUAACAUCAAUAUAAGAGAAUUUUAUACUAUGUAAUGAUUAAGCCUGAUAUUUUGCGAUACUAGGAUGUAAUUAUUUAUUUUAUAUAUAUCUAACACAUGUACUAUAUUAUAAAAUUCUUAAGAUGUUGUAAAUGUUAAGUUUUGAAUGAGAAAUAUAAUUUUAUUUAAUUAUAAUAACUACA